AUGUCUACAACACCUUCUAUAAUGCUACCAGUCCCAGCUGCUAGAUUUCAAUCAGAACAACAGCAAAACAAUUUACCACAAGUUCCACAAUUUUCAUUACCUCCAAUUAGAGAAUUGCUAAAGUCAACAUCACCACAACAAGCUCCAUCAAGACCUGCUACUACCACAUUUCAACAACCUCAACAAAUACAUGUACAACACCCACAACCAUUAUAUCAACCACAACCAAAUACAUAUCAAUCACCACCAUUUUCAAACCCAAUAUCACCAAUUUCUAAUACACCAGAACAACAAUUACGUCAACAAACACCACCAAACUUACCACAUUAUAACCAUUUACCAACCCACCCUCAACAAGCAUAUUCAUAUCAACCACAAUUUCAACAUUUACCUUCACCACAUUAUUCACAACAACCAUCUCAAGCUCAUUCACAACAACAAUCUCCAUCUCAAUUACCUUCAUUACCACAGUUUCAUAACCAUUUUAUUGAAUCUCGCUCAGAUACUACUUCACCAAUUUUAUCAAAUGAUUACGCUUCAUCAUCACAAAAGGAUAGAUUGAGCAUAAGAAAGAAGAGACAAAAUUUACCAAGACAAACUACUUUAAUACUAUUAAACUGGUUAAGUGAUCAUCUUGAUAGACCUUAUCCAAAUUCAAGAGAAAAAUAUGAAUUGCUAAUGAAGACUAGAUUGACUAUUCAACAAUUAGAUAAUUGGUUCAUCAAUGCUAGAAGACGUAAAAUCAAUAUUUUGAAGAAGUUGAAAGAAAAUGAUCAAAAUAUUGCUAUGACAUUUUAA